AUGGCCAUUGGUCCGCACAUCCUCAUGACGCACGCUGACGUCGCCGCCACCAGCAGCAACAGCUCGAAAGCUCCGAGCCUGGUUUCCCCCUCGCUGCUGCGGUCCCGCGCCCUCGAUUUUGUCACAUCCGAUAUUCUCACGAAAGCGCCAAAGGAGUGUAUCCCUGCGGUUGAGUCUCUGAUGCGGUACCUCUGCCUGAAUGCGCCAGAGAGAGCGGAAGGGAGGGCGGCGGCGGUGGAAGCGGUUAUAAAGGUGUACGAAACGGUGGGGAGGAAGGAGAGGGAGGGGUUUUUUCUGUUCGUGGGGAAGCUGGCGAGGGUUGAUAGGGCAGCCGCGAGGGUGGUGGCUCUGGAUCUAAGUGCUGCUCUGGUUGAACGGAUGGCAAUGACGUGGGGGAGAGGGUUAAGGGGGCAAGGGAGCAUGGGGUCGGGGGCUAUGGAAGAGGGUGGUGGGGGUGGGAGUCGUGAUGGGGAAGGGGGGGAUCCGGGGAUUGAGAAGGGGAGUGGGGAGGCAGCCAGUGGGGAAAGGGGGACUGAGUCUGGGAGGGAGGGGGGAGAUGGAGAGGGCGACAAGGGGGAUGAACCUGACGCAAGUAUUGGCCGUGGGUCCGGGCUGAUUGGGGAAUCGGAGUCUGGAGAAGCAUUGGGAGCUGGGACGGGUGGGUCGGUUCUGAGCGUUGAGGAGGUGUUGGGCAUGGUGAGGAGGCGUUUGGAGGACGAGAAGGGGCUCGUGCGCAAGGCGGCGGUGGGGGCUCUGGAGGAAAUUGUUGGGCUGUCGAGGCUGCCGCUGAGAGAAGAACUGGUGGAUGCCAUUGGGGAGCUGUGCUCCGACUCGCUGCUGAGCGUCCGGAGGGUGGCUCUCAACGCGUUGUCAAAGUUGACCAUGUCAAACCCAGGCCACGUGUGGCUGCGCGCCAAGUGGCUGCAGUCCGCGCUCGUUCUCAUUCUCGACAACGAGGCCACUGUGCAAGACCAGGCGCUAGACCUCCUCUCCUCCCUGCUCCUCCAACCCCUCGGCCUAAUCUCCGCGUCUCCCCGCCCCUCUGCUGGUUCGAGGAUGAGUCUGUGCAAGGAUAGGCCCCUGCACGUGUGUGUGGGGAGGAGGGGGGUGCCUCCUGCCCCUGUGCUCUGUGAGGGGGAAGGAGUGUGUGAGGUGUGUGCGCGGGCCGCUGGGGGAGAGGGUGCUGGAGCAGCAGGAGGAAACGCAGCAGGAGGAGAAGCAGGAGCAGCAGCAGGAGGGCCAGCUGAAGGGUCAGUGAGAAGUGUAGUGGCGUGGCUGAUGGCGAUUGGUCAAGGGAGCUCGUCGGUGGUGCCGCUGCUGCACCGCGCAUGUGCGGUUCUGGCACGGCGAAACGCGCUCAACGUGAGGCUCGUGGAAGGGCUUCAGGCGGUGAUUGAAGCAGCUGAGGGGUGGCAGAACGCGCAGCAGCAGCAGCAGCAUCAGCAGCAGCAGCAGCAGAAGCAGCAGCAGCAGCAGCCGAAUGGGAAGGGGAGUUCAGUAGGAAAGGCAGCAGGGGUGAAGGGGGGCAACCCCAGCAGGGUGUGGAGGUGGGUGGUGAGGGGCGCAUGGCUGUUACUGCUGGAAGUCACCUCCUUCUCGCCACAGGGGGUCAGAUGGGAGUUCUUGAUUUCCAGAUGGAGGGACAGCAGGAAGCAGCAGGAAGCCGGAAACAGAAGUCAUGACGAAGCCUCUCGUCCCGAGCUGGUCUCUCCAGGGCGUCCCGAACAGGAGAGAGAGGCACAGGUGUUGGACGGGCAGCUGAGGGAGGCACAGGUUUUGGACGGGCAGGAGAGAGAGGCGCAAGUGCACGUGCUCAAGGCGCUCUGCAACGUGGCUGCACGGAUCACAGGGGAGAAAGCUGCUGACGUGGCGGCAGGGCUGCUGCACAACCUGCGCAGCUUCCAGCUGUCCCCAGACGAGGUCAAAGCAGGUAGCAGCCGGCAGGGAAGCCCUGACCAGAACAGGGACGAAGUGAGGGCGCAGCAGCAGCAGCAGCAGCAGCAGCAGCGAGGAGAGGAGGAGCGGGAGGAGCAGGAGGGGCAGCCAGAGGAGGAGGAAGAGGCGACGGAGAAGGAGCAGAAGCAGCAGGAGGAGCUGGAGGAGGGGGCAGACGGGCAGCCCUGGGGGCAGGAGGUCGAGUGUGCUGUGUUUGUGUGCGGGCAGCUGGCACUCAUUGCUGGGGAACUCGCAGAGACACUCGCUGCUGCUGCUGCUUCAGCCGCACCACCAGUACCCAGUGGUGCUGCUGCAGCUGCAACCAACCCUGGGACUGCAGCAGCAGCAGCAGUGGCAGCAGCAGCAGUGCGAGUGCCUGUGUUAGCGCAUGGGUGGCUGGCUCUGGGUCGCUUCUCUCUGGUGGACCACGCACUCGCCAAGACCUGCGUGCCUCUCUUCGUCCAGGCAAGCAUCAACCUCCUCCUUUGCCGCUUUCCCUUUCCUCUGUUUCAGUGCAGAUUGACGGUCCUCCAGUCAAUCUGCAACGAUUUGGUAUGCGCUGCGCUGCACCACUCUCGUCAGCCACCAUGUGCUUUCAAGCCUUCCGGAUUUCUCCCGACCUCUCAACCCUCUGCCAACCCUCUCCCAAUCCUCUUCCAACCCUCCUCCCGAACCCAACAGGAGCUGCAGCGCAGCCCACUCCCCUCAGUGCGCAACAACCUGGUCAUCAUUCUCACAGACCUCUGUGUGCGCUACACCGCCCUCGUCGACCCCCACGUGCCCUGCAUCUCCGCUUGCUUGCGCGACCCCUGUGAGCUCGUGAGGCGCCAGACGCUCGUGCUGCUGGCGGGGCUGCUGCAGAGGGACUAUGUCAAGUGGCGCGGGGCGCUGGUGCUGCGCGUGCUGCUGUGCAUUGUGGACGAAUCACAGGCAAUAAGAGAGGUGGCUCUUUACCUCUUCACACAUGUCGUUCCUCGCCGUGUGCCCCUCGUGCCCUACAACAUCUUCAUCGAAGCCCUCUUUGCACUCAACGCCUGCCCCUUCGCCCCCUCCUCUACCACCACCGCCCCGCCUCUCCCCUCCUCCGGCCCUCGACCCUCCUCUUCCAGCCCUCCCAACCCUGCCUCAGCCAACCCUAGCUCGUCCAAUCCUGGCUCCUCCAAAGCUGCCCCCUGCGAUCCAUCGCAACCCAACUGCCCCAAUUCAAGUUCUCCCGUCGAGGGCAUCCAUGAGGGAAAUGGCUGGCCAGGGAAGAGAGGGGCGCGGAGUGGGAGGGGCGCAGGGGCAGAGAGGGAGGGCUUGGAUGAGGAGUUAGAGCGCUUCUCAUUGAGCGGCCCAUCUCGCCACGCGGCACGAACCACUGUGUACCGCACUCUACUCCGCCUCAUGGCUCGAGAGCACCAUCUCGCUCUCUCUGCCAAGCUCUGCCUACAGGUGGGCCCCUCCCCGCCAAGCUCUGUCUUCAGGCGGCGCCCUGCCGCUCUCCUGCCCCUAGGUGCAAGCCGUGGUGGGGGGCGCUCUGAACAUUUGGUGCUCGCGCCCUUACUAGACGGCGCCCUGCCGCUAUCCUGCCACUCGGUGCAAGCCGUGGUGGGGGACGCCCUAGACGUGCUCUCAUGCAAGGAGAUGCGCCCUGGCUCAGGCAAGGCCGCAGGUGCGGAGGAGGAUGGGGAGGAGGAGGCAGGGGGAAGCGCAGGCGGGGUUGCAGGGGGAGGAGGUGGCAGUGGUGGUGGGAGGGCAGCAGCAGGAGCAGGAGGAGGAGGAGGCGGAGGAGGAGCAGGGGCGUUGGCGAAUGCUCUGAAGGGGCGGGUGGUUACUCAGCUGAUGAAGAAAAACCUGGUAGAGAACACCAUUCCUGUUCUGAUCGAGCUCAAGAGGCUGCUGGAGGCUCGGAACAGCCCGCUGCAGGGGGCGCUGAUGGCGUGUCUGCGGUGCCUGUUCAAGGAGUAUAAAGAGGAGAUUGAGGACUUGCUAGCGGCGGAUCCGCAGCUGGGGAAAGAGCUUGUGUAUGACAUUCAGAAGCACGAGGCUGCACGGGCUAGAGCUGCUGCUGCUGCCAGGGCUGCCGGUAGUGAUUCUGCUGGUGGUGUUGGUGGUGGUGUUGCUGCUGGUGGUGUUGGUGGUGGUGGUGGUAGUAGUGGAGUGAGAGAGAGGAGGGGCGUGGGGCGUGGCAGGGGGGCACAGGAGGAGGAUGGGGAUGGAGUGGGGAAGGGGAGGGUUGGUGGUGGGGGGAGUAUGAGAUUUCAGGAGAGAUUGACGAGGGAAGGGGGAGAGGUUGGUGGAAGGGGUUGUGAGAGUGAGGUGGAGAGGAUGAGAGAAACAGAGGAGGGUGAGAGUGAGGAGGCGGGCCUGACAGGAGGGACAGGUGAAGAGAGCGGGAAGGAGGAUGGGGGAGGAUCUGCCCUCAAGAUUAUAGAGUGGUGCGUUUCGAUUGCUUCAUGCUUUAGGAGGGAGGAGCAGGUGAGGGAAGUGCAGAGUAGGAUGGGGAAGGAUCUGCCAUCAAAGCGAGCCACAGAGCAGUCAGCAAGAGUCAAGCGGUAG